AUGGCGCCCUUAUUACCACGUCUCCUACAGUUCUCGCAAGGCCGAGCACGACGCCUCAUCUUCGCUCAAUCCCGCCCAAUCCUCCUUCCGCGCCAGUUUUCUCGCCCCGCGUUUACAGCAGCAGCCAAAGCCAGCUCCCUCGUCACUAGACUCAAGAAUCUGCUGUACGGCACAUCAAUCUCACUCUUCGCUCUCUUCAGCUACCUAUACAUCACCGACACACGAGCGAGCGUGCACCAAUGGCUUGUAGUUCCCACUCUGCGGUGGGUAUAUCCUGAUGCAGAGGACGCACAUCACACUGGCACGAAAGCCCUCAAGGCUCUAUACUCUCUGAACCUGCACCCUCGAGAGCGGCCCUCGAAGAAAGACGCGGCGGAUUUGAGUGUCGUUGUUUAUGGACAGAAGCUGCAGAAUCCAAUUGGGACAUCGGCGGGGAUAGACAAGUUGGCUGAGGUUCCAGAUGCGCUGUUUGCUCUUGGUCCAGCGAUUGUGGAGGUUGGGGGAACGACGCCGUUGCCGCAGGAGGGGAACCCGAAGCCGAGAGUGUUUAGGCUGCCGAGUAGGAACUCGAUGAUCAAUCGGUAUGGGUUGAAUUCGAAGGGCGCGGAUGAUAUGGCUAGGACGUUGCGAGAACGAGUUCGCGCCUUUGCGUACCGCAGUGGGUAUGGCAUUGGAGAUGAUGCUGAGAAGUUUGUGCUGAACGGUGGUGCGGGUGUGCCGCCUGGAAGUUUGACAGAGGGAAAGAUGCUCUUGGUGCAGGUUGCUAAGAAUAAGGAGACAAGGGGUGAUGAUAUUGAGGCUGUUAAGAGAGACUAUGUUUACUGCGUUGAGAGGCUAGCUCCUUAUGCGGAUAUUCUUGUCGUCAAUGUCAGCAGUCCGAAUACCCCAGGUUUACGGACGCUGCAGAGGGUAGAACCUUUGACUAGGAUUCUAGAAGGUGUAGUUGAAGCAGCGAAAUCGGCCAAGAGGAAAUCGCCGCCUAAGGUCAUGGUCAAAGUCUCUCCCGACGAAGACCAAGAUGAGCAGAUUGAGGGAAUUGUGGAAGCGAUUUGGAAAAGUGGCGUGGAUGGCAUUAUCGUUGGUAAUACUACAAAUCGAAGAGACAACAUCCUUCCUAAGGACCUGGCCUUAACAGCAAAAGAAAGUUCAAUUCUAGGCGAGAAAGGAGGUUUGUCUGGUCCACACAUGUUCGAAAGAACCCUCGGACUAGUGAAACGAUACCGACAACUCCUCGACCAAGGCCCCCCGCUAGAACCUAAACCUAAAGAAUCGACGCCGGCGAAACCUGUCGGUAGUCUGCUACCAGGCGACGAACCUGGUGCUAAUAUCACUAAAAAGCCAGAAUCUACAAAAGAAGUUGUCACUAGUGCUGUGUCUGCGGUAGUCUCUGGUGUCAAGGAUACUAUCAGUAGCAAACCACAUGAACAGAAAGUCAUUUUCGCUACAGGGGGUAUUACAAAUGGGAAGCAGGCGUUGGAGAUUCUAAAUGCUGGUGCAAGUGUUGCACAGGUGUAUACGGCGCUUGUUUAUGGGGGUAGUGGGACGAUUACAAGGAUCAAGAGGGAGAUGAAGGAGGAGAUUGAGAGGAGGUAG